AUGGACAUCAACAGCUUGUUCGACGUCAAAGGAAAGGUUGUCCUCGUGACUGGAGGGGGUCGAGGCGUGGGGGAGAUGAUAGCAGCUGGAUACACUGCGAACGGAGCCAAGGUCUAUAUAUCAUCCCGAGACGUCAAGGCAUGCGAAGAGACAGCCAAAAGAUUGACGAAAGAUGGUCCAGGAGAGUGUAUAGCCAUACCAGCUGAUUUAUCGAAAUACGAAGAAUGCGAGAGGGUAGUAGCGGAAUUGAAGAAGAGGGAGAAAGUACUCCACAUACUGGUCAAUAAUUCCGGUGCAACUUGGGGAGAAGAACUAUCAACUUAUCCCGAUUCAGCAUUUACCAAAUUGAUGACCCUCAACGUACAACGAGUAUUCACCUUGACUCAGAAAUUGGUACCGUUGUUGAGCAAAGCUCAGGAAGGCGGAUUCGUUGGUAGGAUAAUCAACAUUGGUUCCAUUAACGGUGUGAAUCCUCCCGGUCUAGAGACAUACGCAUAUUCAGCUUCCAAAGCAGCUCUACACCAAUUAUCGAAACACCUUUCCACACGUCUCGGUCCAAGUAUAGCAGUCAACACCCUAGCUCUAGGUCCAUUCAGAAGUAGAAUGAUGAAAUUCACUCUAGACAAUUUCGAAAAAGAACUAGCAGAUAGUUUACCGAUGAAGAGGAUCGGUGAGCCAACGGACGUAGCGGCAGCUUGUUUGUGGUUAUCUUCCAAAGGAGGAGAGUGGGUGACUGGUACGGUCAUUCCCAUAGAUGGUGGAUCGUUAGUAGCUACCCAAGCAAAGUUAUAG